AUGCCAACGACUUGUGGAUUUCCAAAUUGCAAAUUCCGUUCUCGAUAUCGCGGUUUAGAAGACAACCGUCAUUUUUACCGCAUACCUAAAAGGCCGCUUAUUUUACGGCAGAGGUGGCUGACAGCGAUAGGAAGGACUGAAGAAACUGUAGUUUCACAGCUUCGAAUCUGCUCGGCUCACUUUGAAGGAGGAGAGAAGAAAGAAGGAGAUAUCCCAGUUCCUGAUCCAACGGUAGACAAGCAGAUCAAAAUUGAACUACCACCAAAGGAGAGCAAAAAUAGUGACAGAAGGAGGAAACAGAACAUUCCGAACAGGUUUUCAAGACCUGAGUCGCCAUCCGAUCCUGCACAGAGUCCUCAAACACCCCACCAGCAAGUUCUUCCGGAUCCACAACAGGCAUUGAAUGAUAUUUUGAGCAUGACAAACACAAGAAUGAAUGGUCCAUCAAGUUCUCGACCGCUUGUUGCACUGCUUGAUGGUAGAGAUUGCUCAGUGGAGAUGCCAAUUCUGAAAGAUGUCGCCACUGUUGCAUUUUGCGAUGCUCAAUCAACUCAGGAAAUUCAUGAAAAGGUGUUGAAUGAAGCGGUGGCUGCAUUGAUGUACCACUCAAUAAAACUUGAAAAGGAGGAUCUGGAAAAGUUCAAAGUUCUGAAAGUUGUCUUCCGUAUUGGGUAUGGAAUUGACAACAUUGAUGUGAAAGCAGCAACUGAAUUGGGUAUUGCUGUAUGCCACGCACCGGGUGACUACGUGGAAGAUGUUGCGGAUUCCACACUUUCAUUGAUUCUUGACUUGUUUCGCAGAACGUAUUGGCAUGCCAAGUCUUAUACUGAAACCAGAAAGACUAUUGGCGCUGAUCAGGUUCGUGAAAAUGCAGUCGGUAGUAAAAAAGUGCGAGGAAGUGUUCUCGGAGUCCUAGGAUGUGGAAGAGUCGGAACGGCUGUUGGAUUGAGAGCAAAGGCGUUUGGACUUCAUGUCAUCUUUUACGACCCAUUUGUAAGAGAUGGACAUGACAAAGCAUUGGGUUUUGAAAGAGUUUCUUCACUUGAUGAGUUCAUGAGCCGCUCGGAUUGCAUUUCUCUUCACUGUAAUCUUGGAGAUGAAACCAGAGGGAUUAUCAGUGCAGACACAUUAAGACAAUGUAAACCAGGAAUUUUCAUUGUCAAUACAUCGCACGCGGGGUUGAUUAACGAAAAUGACCUGGCUGCUGCAUUGAAAAGCGGGCAUGUCAAAGGAGCAGCACUUGAUGUACAUGACAGUGUUCGCUUCGACCCAAAUUGCUUGAAUCCUCUGAUUGGUUGCCCCAAUAUUAUCAACACACCGCAUUCUGCAUGGAUGACGGAGUCAGCUUGCAAGGAACUCAGAAUUCAAGCUGCUAAAGAGAUCCGAAAAGCUAUUAAUGGUAGAUGUCCGCAAGAUUUAACACAUUGCAUCAAUAAGGAAGCAGUGAUGCGUAAUAACAAUCCUAUUAAUCGUAGAACUAGUGCAGCUCAUCCACUUCUUAAUAUGGGUUUCCCCGGUUUGCCAAAUUUCCCGCCAAUGUCAAUGAGCCCUCAUUUCCCUUAUCCAAACCCAUUAUUAGCCAUGGGAGCCCAAAUGGGUGCUCUCAACCCCUUCAUGGGUAAUGGUUCCUUACCAUUCAACCCAGCUGCAGCAUUGUCAUCACUCGCCGCAGCACAAGCCGCAAAUGCACAACGUGGUUCACCAGCUAACAGAUCAAGUAGAUCAAGUCCCAGUCCCCAAACCAACAAGUCAUCAGUAAGCCCCAGCAACAAUGGUGUUGUCAAAACGGAACCGUCGUCGCCAGCUCCAAAAAUUGAGCGCUUAAUUGGGCCCAAUGGAGACAGUGGUGCAUCGACAGCAGAUAGUGGUAUCGAAGGUGGAGACAAAGAGAAGGUGCAAUCAGAUGGAGAUGAGAAUAUGGAAGAUAUGGAAGUGAUUGAUGCCGAGAAGUUGAAAGAAGAGUUGAAUAUUGGACAGUUAACAGAACCAGAAGAAAUCAGUGUCGGGUUGAAUAAUGGAAACCGAAUCAAUAUCGAUGAGCCAGCUUUGGCUACUUAA